CCCAUGUCUGGUUGUUUACAAUCUCUCUGGCAAAACAUGGCCGUUGAGAAACUCACUCAUGGCAGUUAGCCCUCGAUAACUGUUCUUUUGUAAUGUACAGGUCUUAAGUUGCAGAACAAUCUACCGCUCAGUUACCAAUUUAAUUUCUCUUUUGCUUAGCUGUUGGUUCGGUUUUUAUCGGAUCUUCCUGUGACUCGUUAGCCGCUGAAGCUAGGUAUCGAGCUAACUUCUACAUUGGGAACAAUGACAGCUACUUCAGCCGGGAGCAGUAGCUGCCUCACCGCUAAAGGACUGGACAUCAGUCUGGCAGCUCUGCAGCGGCAAGACCCGUACAUCAAUGACAUUGUGGACGUGGCCAGCCAAGUUGCCCUGUAUACUUAUAACAACAGGGCAAAUGAGUGGGAGAAGACCGAGGUUGAAGGCACCCUAUUUAUCUACACAAGACUGGCGUCUCCCAGGCAUGGUUUCACCAUUAUGAACAGACUCAGUAUGGAGAACUUGACAGAGCCAAUCACCAAAGACCUGGACUUCCAGCUGCAGCACCCCUUCCUGCUUUACCGCAAUGCACGAUUGGUUAUCCAUGGCAUUUGGUUCUAUGAUAAGGAGGACUGUCAACGCAUUGCUCAGAGGAUGAAGAUUCUGACCCAGCAGGAGCAGACCCUGGCUCAGUCUCAGGGUGGAUGGUUGUCCCCAGGCGGAAGAGGAGGAGUCAUUGGAGGAGGGGUACUAGGAGGAGUUCUGGGAGGAGUAGUUGGAGAAGUGAGAGUGGGAGGAAGUGAAGCAAAGUCUGUGGACAUCAUCCAGAUGUUGACCAAAGCACGCACAGAGUAUGACAAGUCUUCGUCAGAGCCAAAGGAGAUUGGUGGCAGCAAUGUUAUUUAUGGAAACCCCAACCUGAUCAAACCCAUACCUGUUAAACCCAUCAUUCAGGACGGUGACAGUGCUGCACCCAAGCCUCUCUCUCUGGCCACUCUUUUUGGGUCUCAGAAGCAACACUCACCUAAACCUGAGCCAGUCUCCCCUCUGGCCUCGCCCGGGACAAGACCAUCCACAGGAAAGUUCACCCGUCCUCCUGUAGCCCGGUCGCUGAAAUACGACGAUUCAGUGAACAAAAGUGUGCCCAACCAGGGAGUGAACGUCGCCAUGGUUGCGUGUUCAGAUGGAGCGCUCAGGGCUGUGAUUGGAGAACAUGGGGGAAAUGUGGUGGGAUUGUUGCCAAAUCCUACCGGCGCCCAUCAUCAUCCUCAGCAGCAGCAGCAGCAGCAGCAACAUCAUCCUCAGCAGGAGCAGCAACAGCAGCACUGCCCUGCCAUCCAGAAACUGAUGCAGGGACAGAGAGGAGUCGGGGUGGUGGGGGGGGUGCUUCAGACCGUCUCCGAAUCCCCCGAGAACAGGCUGUGUGACAACGGGGUGCCGCUGGACCACCACCAUCACCACAUGUACCAUCAUCUUCACCAACAGCAGCACCUUCAUCACCAGCAGCUUCAGCAGCAACAGCAGCUUCAGCAGCAGCUUCAAGCGGACCCCAUCAAGAGACUUUUCCAAACCCAGCAACCUCUCCCCUUCUCCCUCCCUCCUCUGCAGCAGAGCCCCCAUCUCCCCCCUCAGCCAGGGAUGGGGGGUCCCGUGUCGUGUUCCCACCUUCAAGCACAACCAAGCCAGCAGCUGUUCUACAGCCAGGCAGCUCCAUCUGUACAGGCAGCAGGCUUGCUGCCAUCUCAGGUAUCCAAUGACCAAGUCCUUCAUCCUUUACAAGGUUUGUCUUCCCAGAUGGCUGGAGUGGUGUCUCCUCAUGAGCUCCUGCAGAAGCUGCAGCUGGUCCAGCAGGAGCAGGCUUCCCCUGACCCCCCUCGACCCUCCCCAGGUCUGGCCCCUCGAUUCCUGGGGCCCACUCAAGGUCCAGGUGUAGGCCCCGUUGUAGGCCAAAUCCAGGCCCCAGCCACUGCGGGUCAGAAGGCUGCGCUGCAGUUUCAGGUCAUCUCCCCCCAGCGGAUUCUAGCUACUGUGGCCCCCAACCUGCUCCUCUCUCCCAGUAUGUUCACUCAGGCAAAGUCUAGUGGCGGGUUGUCAGCGGGGUCCCAGGAGAACUGCCUGGCCCCUCCCUCUGUCUGCAGACCCCCCCCCCCGCUGCAGCAGGAGGGCAGAGUGCUGUCCAGGAGCCAGCUGCAAGCCACUAUGCUGCAUCUAAUCCAGAGUGACGGCUCAUUCCUGGACUCCAUCUAUGAAGCCUACAUCAGUCGCUUUGCUAAUGACUCCAGCAGCAAGUACUGAUGACUCCUCACACCCUCUGUCUACACACACCCUGUCCAGAGCAGUGAGGUUCUCACCAUAUAUGGAUGUACCACUUCCUCCUUUGAGUUCAAUCACACACACACUCACUGUACUCUUCUGCACUGUACAGCCAGUCAGUUAGUUCCUCUAGUCGCAGCUAAUAAUCAAAAAUUAUAAACAAGUUUGUUACCAUAUCAAGAAACCUGAGAAAAAUUCCAUUCUCAAUCGGAGGCGUAAAUAAGACACAGCCAUACAGUUUACACAUGCCUGUCAAAUGUAGCCAGUUCACUCAGUCAAGACAAAACAUGCUGCAGCCUCACUGUUUACCAAUGUGUUUGCAUUAAGUAGGUCCCUGCACUAUUUGUUUAACUAAGUGUAGCAACAUUGCAUUUUUAUUGUAUUUUUUUUAAAUGGUGUAGUCUUUCCUCCAUCAGUGGCUUCUUCCCUAGUCUAAGAACUAGUGCAGAAGGAAAUCUCAACCUGACUUCACUUUUAAUAUUUAACAUGUUAAACAUGUCUAGCAUUUCUGUUCAUUUGAAAAAGUAAGUAUGUCUAAAUAUUGUCAAAAAUGUGUUGGAAUUUAAUUUACUUUUUUUUUUUUUUAAGUUAAGGUCUUACUAGUUUGAUUUCUAAAGGAAUUUUAAGGAAUAUAUUUUACUAUCCGAAUUCUUUUAUCAAGAUUCAAAUGACACAUUGUCAUUUAGAUUUGUUUAUCUUUUUUCAGGAAUCUGAUACAUAUCUGCAUUUGUAUUUUAGUUACAAUAAUAAUAUUUGUAUUAUGACAAUGAAUCAUUUUAAUGACGGUAUCCCUCAAACUUGAUGUUAAAGAUUGGAAGAUUAUUAACCUGCGCUACCUCACAGAGAACUAGUCACAUCUGAACCUGUGUUUUUCUUAGUGAUUGUCACUUAUAUGAUUUGACGGUUUUAGAGAUUAGAUAAUAUUUCAGUUUGAUUUAAGGGAUUUCAUCAUCACAGAAAACUAUUGACACCAUUUACUGUCCCUCAAGUUUGUAAUUUCAAAGGAUUUCUCAUUUAUACCACGGUUCCUGAAUGUUUUGUCUGCCAAACAAAACAAUUUACAGAAAUUCUCUUCAGGAGUAAUACACUUUGCUAUUGAUGGUAUGUUUAAUAAAUGAUUGGCUAAAUGGAGAUUUAAAGCAAUAAUAAUCAGCAAAGAAUGUAUAAAUGCAUCCGAUAGUAACUGUUUGGAGUUCACAGGCCUGUUCAAAGCAACUAUAGUAGAACAUGCACUUCCACAAUGCUGUUAUACACCAAGUGUCCACCAGCCAGACUAGGUUUCUCACAGCAUCAUUUAGUACAGACAUCACUGCAGCUCACAGAGCGGACAGAAAAACAGCAGCCCAUACAAAGAGACACAAAAUAUAUUUUUCCUGUUUUUGUAUUGUUCUAAUAGUGAAAAUAACCAGCAUGUAAAAUGACAAGUAAAUGUACAGCUAACAAAAGGCAAAAAUAAUUCUUAUACAAAAUAUCUAGUUAUUUGUCAAUGCUGUUUUAUUCUUCUAAAGACGUCAUAAAUAUUUUACUUUGUUAAACAUGUCAUUAAAAAAAUCUGAGGCAUUGGAAAUUCAAAGGAAACAUUUUUAUAAAGGUUUUACUUAUUUAUAUCGGGAAUGUUGCGCUCUUACCUAAACUGGAAUAUAUUUCAAUUGGAUAUUAAAUGUUUUAAACUGCC